AUGAUUGUGGAAAUUUUAGUAUUCAUUGUGAUGACUUUAAUUGUGUAUUACACUUAUAUACAUAAACGAAUGCACAAAUAUUUUCUAGAUAGAGAUUUAAAGUAUAAUCCAGGUAUACCUCUUUUCGGUAACGUAUUCCAAAGUACAUUUCUUAAGAGGCAUAUGGUAGAAGAUAUUGAUGCUGUUUAUAGGGAAUUUCCAAAUGAAAAGUAUGUGGGAUAUAUCGAAGGCACCUCACCAAUCAUACUUAUCAGAGAUCCGGAAGUAAUCAAGCAUAUUACGGUCAAAGAUUUCGAUCAUUUUGUAAACCAUAAAAUGUUCUUCCCUGAAGAUAUUGAACCGAUGUUUGGUGACAGCAUCUUUAUGAUGAAAGAUGACAAAUGGCGGGAUAUGCUAACUAUGCUUAGUCCGUCUUUCACAGGAUCAAAAAUACGCCAGAUGAUGCCGUUCAUGACAGAUAUAAGCAAGAACGUUAUACAAUAUUUGAAAGAUCACAUCUCAGAAGACAUCGACGUCGGCAAUUUGAUGCGUCGUUACACAAACGACGUCAUUGCUUCUUGUGCAUUCGGUUGUCAAGUAAAUUCCUUAAAGGAUAAGGAAAACGAUUUUUACAAAAUAGGCCAAGCGCUUUUUACAAUGAAUUCUACUUGGCAGAGAUUUAAAUUAUUUUUUGUAAUGCAUAUUCCGAAGGUUGCAAGGUUACUGGGAAUGCAAGUCUUUACCCAAGAGUAUUCAAGUUUUUUUAAUAAUUUAAUAACAACUACAAUGGAGCAUAGGGAAAAAUAUAACAUUGAGAGACCAGAUAUGAUUCAGCUCCUUGUGCAAGCAUCUAAGGGUAAUUUAAAACCAGAGAACGUCAAUAUAAAGGAUGACAUUGUUGUAGAAGCGGAAAAGCUUAAGCAGCAUGGUGCGUUAAAACAAUGGACUCAAAGAGAAUUGGCAAGUCAGCUGUUCAUUUUCUUCUUAGGUGGAUUUGAAUCUUCUGCUACAGCUUUGACAAUGUGCAUCCAUGAACUGGCAAUAAAUCCCGUGAUACAGAAGAAACUGUACGAAGAAAUCAAAUCAUUUAAAGAAAAAAAUAGCAGCCUGGUGCAUGAGAACAUAAAUGAUUUGAAGUAUUUAGACUGCGUCAUAAAUGAAACAUUACGGAGGUGGGCGCCUGCUUUAAUAAUGGACAGAGUGUGCACAAAGGCUUACGAAUUACCACAGCCUCGUGAAGGAGGAAUACCAUGCAAAUUACGCCCUGGCGAUGUCGUAUAUAAUGUGGUAAAUUCCAUUCAUAUGGAUCCGAAAUACUACCCAGACCCAGAGGUGUUUGAUCCUGAUAGAUUUUCAGAUGAAAGGAGACAUGAGAUCAAACCCUUUACAUUUAUGCCGUUUGGCAUCGGUCCGCGUGCUUGUAUCGGUUCCAGAUUCGCGUUGUUAGAGUUGAAGGUGUUAAUUUAUCACCUCAUUUUAAACUUUAAGAUUUUAAAGUGCAAUAAGACAACAGACCCCAUCGUUCUAAAACCUCAAGAAUUCAAUAUAAACGCCAUAGGAGGGACAUGGGUACGUCUAGAAAACAGAUACUAG